CUUAAAGACGUUUCAACGUUGUGUGUCAGCUCAAUCAAAAUUGAAAUUUGUGACGUAACUCAAAUACCGUAUAUUUCCAAAAUUCUAGUGUUACUCCAUAAUGGACUCCCGCCCGCACUGUCCGAAGCUGCCAUGGAUGAUAGACUUUCACAGUAACGAAGAUGGAGAAGUAUUCAACAGUCAGCACCAAGCGGCUUUUGCUCGUACAACUUACGAGUACCUCAGUGCUUUAAAUGUCAAGUCCAAACCGAGUCCAUUCAGAGCAACUAAGGUAUGAAAUGCAGUAAAUUUGAAAUUUCUCCAAAAAUACUUCCCAAUCCAAAAAUCGCCGUUAUUUAUGGUAGCAAAGACAAAAAGGGUGACACUGGAAGGUAUACCCAAAAGAUUUUUUCCUACAAUCAGCUUCGUGCAGGGCUCAACUGUAAAAAUCAACAUUCCACGCACGCAUCAAGAGCUGGUAUGCUCCAUUCCACCCUACAUCACCUGCAAUACACUGGAGGGACUGUUGGCCCUUGGCAUAUCAGUAGCUAGAAUAACUGCCGAUAAGCCUGGCAAAGUCAGAGAGGUAUUGUCUAAGGUCAGAACUGUUAACGAAAGUUACAGCAGAAGAUUAGGGAGGAUAAACCCACUUGCGAUCGCAUUGGAGGUGAAGGGGCCUGAGAUUCGAACUGGUCAGCUAAAUGGGAGUGACAAACAGAUUUACCUAAAAAAAGGAAACUUUACUAAGAUAACAACUAAUCCAUCCUACGAAGAGUUUGUCUGUAAAGAUUUGAUCUACGUAGAUUAUGAGAAAUUGCCAGAGGUGGUGCAACCAGGAGACAAGGUUUUACUGGACAAUGGAUCUGUAACGCUGACUGCCAUUGAAUGCGUGGAAAGUAUAAUAAGAUGUAUCGUAGAGAAGGCCGGAAGGCUACUGAGCAACGCAUCAGUGAUCAUACCUAAUGCACCAAUCGACUUGCCUCUUCUACCUCCAAGCGACAAGGAAUUACUCGACAUAACAGUUGGGGAGAACAUUGACUACUUGUUUGUAUCGGGCAUCACAGGCAAAGACGGCAUCUUCGAAAUCAGGGACCAGAUGGGGCAGCACUGCGAUUGCAUCCAGUUAGUCACUAAAGUAGAAUGCUCCACCGCUCUAGGGCACAUCGACGAGUUGAUCACGUUUUCCGAUGCUAUUUGCAUUGAUUGUGAUCGACUCAUGGUGGAGCUGCCCAAAGAGAAGGUGUUCUUAGCUCAAAAAUCCAUAUUAGCGAAGUGCAACUUGGCUGGCAAACCAGUGAUCUCAUCGAUCAACAUAUCCGACUUACGCUCAGUCUCAAAAUCAGAGCUGUCGGACAUAGCGAACGCUAUUAUAGAUGGCUCUGAUGCUCUGAUGAUUCCUCAAUCAGCCUGUACCAAAGAUAUCUUCAAUUCAAUUUGCGUUAUAUGUAAAGAAGCCGAACCAGCAGUUUACCAAAGGAAUAUCUUCGAAGAAUUGAUUACGAUCACGCCAGCACCCAUGGAAGCACUAUACGGAGUGGCUAUUUCUGCUGUGGAAGCCUCUUUGAGGACCAGUGCUGCCGCUAUCGUCUGCUUGACAUCUUCCGGAAGGACCGCUAAGUUACUUGCCAAAUUCAGGCCAAGAUGUCCGAUAAUCACCAUAACUAGGUACGCGAGAGUGGCCAGACAACUGAGCCUCUACAGAGGAAUAGAAGUGUUGAUCUACUUGAAAGCCUUCGAAGGCGAUUGGGAGGAAGACGUAAACAGAAGGGUUCAUCUGGGAAUAACUUAUGGCAAGUACAUGGGUUAUAUUCGUACUGCAGAUGCGGUGAUCUGCGUAACAGCCUCAAGACCGGAGUGUGGUAUGCCCAACACGAUGAGGAUUGUGUAUGCAUGAGGUUUUGACACUUGCCCAACAAAAGACAACUCAUGGACCUAUAGCUAUUUCUCUCUUCAUAGUUAUAAAUUAAUGUGGUGAAUAAAUACGUGUUUUGACAAAUUGUUGCAAUAUCAGUAGGUUCCGGGCCAAGCUGCGCAUCGGUCAAAAAAUGAACUCUCUGCCAAAAAAGGGCAAAAGCUUGACCGGUCGAAGAAGGUUUCGAAAAAUCAGCAUUCUCAACACAUUUUGCGGAUAUAUUGUGUACUGUUGGAGUGAAAAUGCACAAAAGCUC